AUGGGUGCAGUAAGGGCUGUUUUUCUGUGUGGGAUUCUUCUCAAUUUGCUUGUUCUAUGUAGUUCGGAUGCAGAGGUUACGACAGUAAAUAUUCUUACAGCUAAAAAACUCCUCAAGCAAGGCCAUCUCUAUCUUGAUGUCAGGACUGAGGAAGAGUUCAAGAAUGGGCACGUGGAGAAGGCCUUGAACAUACCGUACAUGAUCAAUACUCCAAAAGGGAUGGUGAAGAACCCCAAAUUUGUGGAUCAAGUUUUGUCCCUAUGUGGCAAGGAAGAUCAUCUUGUUCUGGGGUGCAAAAGUGGUGUUAGGUCCGUACAUGCAGCUACCCAACUUGUUAACGCAGAAUUCAAACAUGUGUACAACAUGGGAGGAGGAAUCAAUGCCUGGAUUGACAAUGGAUUUGAGGUUGUGAAGCCACAUACUGAGGAACUAUAA